CCAACGCUGAUCUGCGCCUGCGGACGUCUGCGAAAUGGAGGGUCGUGAGGCAAAGGAACCAGAACAGCUCCGAAAGCUGUUUAUCGGCGGCCUGAGUUUUGAAACGACAGAGGAGAGCCUAAGGGCCCAUUUUGAACAAUGGGGCACACUCACAGACUGCGUGGUGAUGAGGGACCCCAACAACAAGCGAUCAAGAGGGUUCGGCUUUGUAACGUACUCCUCGGUAGGUGAGGUGGACGAUGCCAUGGGAGCGAGGCCGCAUAAGGUGGAUGGAAGGGUCGUUGAACCUAAGAGAGCCGUGUCCCGAGAGGACUCCUCUAAACCGGGUGCCCAUCUGACAGUGAAAAAGAUCUUUGUCGGUGGUAUCAAGGAAGACACAGAGGAGUACCACAUACGAGAGUACUUUGAGACUUACGGAAGGAUUGACUGCAUUGACAUUAUGGAGGAGCGCUCAACUGGGAAAAAGAGGGGAUUCUGCUUUGUAAGCUUCGAUGAUCAUGACACUGUGGACAAAAUUGUUGCCCAGAAAUACCAUACGAUCAACUCCCACAAUUGUGAGGUCAGGAAAGCGCUCUCAAAACAGGAAAUGAUGGCCGCUUCCAAUCAGAGGAAUAGAGGAGGAGGAUCUGGGAAUUUCAUGGGCAGAGGUGGCAACUAUGGUAGCAGCAACUUUGGCAGAGGUGGCUAUGGCGGAGGACGAGGUGGUUACGGCGGUGAUGGAUAUGACGGAUAUGGUGGAGGAGACGGUGGAAGUUAUGGCGGAGGGCCUGGUUAUGGAGGAGGUAGAGGGGGCUAUGGAGGUGGUGGUGGCGGUGGUCCAGGUUAUGGGAACCAGGGUGGUGGUUUUGGUGGUGGCUAUGACAACUACAAUGAUGGAGGAAACUUUGGUGGUGGCGGCGGUGGAGGGGGUGGAAAUUACAAUGAUUUUGGCAACUAUGGCGGGCAGCAGUCUAACUAUGGCCCCAUGAAAGGAAAUAACUUUGGCGGUAGAAAUUCGGGGGGACCCUAUGGGGGUGGCUAUGGCUCUGGUGGUGGAGGAGGUGGCUAUGGCUCACGGCGAUAUUAAUUGUGUGAUGUUUUGGGCUUCAGUUCUUAGCAGGAGAGGCGAGGAGGUGGGCAAAGGAGUUGUCAGGAAAGCUGCAGGUUACUUUUGAGGCAGUCGUCAAAAGAAUUAGAGGAACACAGAAGUCAGACACAUUACUGCUAAACGGGGGCUGUUUGUGGGGGAAUAAAGAGACUGUUCACACAAGACAUACCAGUGUAGACGAUACCCUUUCUUUCUUGUAGUAGAUGUUUCCCUUCUUGACUAUUUUUCCUUUUGUGCAUCUCAAGUUGUGUGUAUUGUGCCUGUGGUACCAGGGGAAAAGAGAAAUUUUUUUUUUCUUUCAUCUGAAGUCAGUUCUUAAUAUAAUCUUGGGCUAUUAUUAUUAAUUUUUUUUUUUUGUUUUUUGUUUUUAUUUUUUUUUUGCUGUAGACUAGAUUUUUACCAGUCCUCUCAUUUGUUUUUAAUUAACCCAGUUAAUGUCAAAAGUGGCGUAGAUGUAUCCGGCCCUAAAAAAUGAGCCAGAACUGUCCAUUUUUCCUUCCAAGUUAUUAUGAUUGCUCAACUGAAAGUGUCAAGUUGUAUUUUGAUUUUGUAUUUGAAGCACAGUAUGUAAUUCCUUAAUAGUAUUAGUGUCAACAAAUAACCAGUCGUGUGGAUUAGAAUUAAGGGAAUGUCUGGGAAUGUCUUACUUGUACACAGCAAACGAAAUUCUAGAUUGUUCAAGUAUUUUGAGAAGUAGAAAAAGACCGAAUAAACUUGUGUAGUAAAGUGCCUCGAGGUUCAGUGCAUCAUUGGUUCAGAAAAAAAAAAGAAAAGAAAAGAAGAAAAAAAAAAGAUGGAAUGAGUUUAUUCAUGUCUUUGUUUGGCUCGUCGUAACUAUGAAGAUUAGAACAUUGGUCUCCAGAAUUUACUUUUUUUUCCCCCCCAUUUUGCCUCAGAACUACAUAUUUUUUUAAGAUUUCCUCUCUCUCUGCAUUGAGGGAGUUUUGGGGGGGUAGUGCUAGGGCAAAAGGGCCCGUACACCACCUAUGCCAGUGUUGAGCGAGUAGGAUUAUGGCAGCCACGAGCACCUGCAGUUGGGGCCCCCCCAGCGUCGCUAGUGUGGAAGAUUUACAGAUGACUGUCAGACAGGACCUCUUCGGCCCCAGCACAGUGGACCAGGCAGCAGUUUGAGAGAAAAGCAGAGAAGGCGGCGUCGAGCCGAAGCCCAUGGAGGAAAGCUUGCAGUGUCGUGCCUGUGAUAGUGAGCAUCUUUUUUUUUUUUUUUUUUUCCCCCAAGGCUAGCUAAACCUUUCCAGCAGCUGGUGCUAUCGAAGAAAGACUAGUUCCUGGACACAAUUUGGAGAUCAG